AUGAAGAUCGUCUCUUGGAAUAUAAGAGGGUUGGGUGGGUUAGAGAAGAGGAAGGCAGUGGGAAAUUUGGUAGGGGAACUGAAGCCCUUUAUUCUCUGUCUGCAGGAGACAAAGUUACAAAACUACGACGUUCUCCUUUGUUCUAAUCUUUGGGGUAGCUCUUUUCACGGGUUUUCCUUUCGUCCGUCGGUGGGGGCUUCGGGCGGGAUUUUAACUUUGUGGGAUUCUUCUGAGGUGGAGAUGUGGUGGACAGAGAGUCGUGAGCAUGUGUUGUGGUGUCAUGGUCGUUUCACUAAGUCUGGCAAGGAGUUUUUUGUGGCGAACAUUUAUGCCCCUUGUGAUGAUUUGGCUAAGCAACGGCUGUGGGAGUCUAUUUCGGAGCGGCUUCUCUCGCUAGUGGGGAAGAGAGUGUGUGUUUGUGGGGAUUUUAAUGCCGUGAAACAUGUGGAUUAA